AUGAGCGGAUCUGCCUCAGGGCGCGGAGGCACCCAGUUGUCUUACCCCACAAAUGAAGACAUGCAAAUAGGUCGGAGCUGCUUCUUGCAGCUAGCAGCAGCACUAGAAGCAGCAGCAAAAGGAAAGAACCUUAGCAGCUCUCUUGAGGCAUUCAAGUGGUCUCUAAAGGGCCUGCAGGAUGUGGCGAAGCUGCUGCUGCUGCUGCUGCAGCAGCAGCAACGCUGCAAGGUGCUUCUUUCGCAUGCACUGUGGGCUACUGCUGCUGAGAAAGUUGCUGCUGCCUGCAGCAGCUAUAUCAAUGAAUUUCUUCCCCAGAUGUUGAUGCUGCAUGCAGCCGAAGCGCAGCUGCUGCAGCAGCAACAGCAGCAGCAGCAGCAGCAGCAGCCCGUAGGGCAGCAGCAGCAAAUGGUGCAGCAGCAGAUGCUAGAGCUCGCUAGAGAGCUGCAGCUGCUGCAGCUGCGAUUUAUUCAUCAUCUGCUGCAGCAGGACCCAAGAGCAGCACCUGUCUGUGCUACUCCGCUUGCUCAGAUCCUCACUAUGCACAGCAGCAUCUGGUAUAGCAGCAGCAGCAGCAGCAGCAACAGCAGCACCAGCAGCAGCAACAGCAGCAGCAGCAGCAGCAGUAGUAGUAGCAGCAGCAGCAGCCUCCGGCUGAGUGUUGUGACAGCAGCAUUCGAUGUGCUGCAGGCGUGUGGGGCGAGGCUGCUGCAGGAGACACUUGCUGCAGCAGGCUGUCUAAGCAGCAGGGGCAGUGCUGCAGUAGCAGACUACGUUGGCGGCGCGGCUGCAUGCACUCGGGGCUUUGCUGCUCUCAGCAGCAUCCGUUCGCAUGUUAACGAGUUGCUGCUGCACCUGCCGCUUCUGCUGGCUCCGUCUGCUGCUGCUGCUCCUGGUGAGCAGCAACAGCAGCAGCAGCAGAUGCGCGCUGCUGCCGCGAAGUGCAUGCGUUGCUGCUUGUCUGUUGUUGCUGCUUGGGCUGAGAUACUGCAUCCCCUUGCAGAGGAGUCUGGGGCUGCUGCUGCUGCAAGCAGGGGGCAGCAGCAGCAGCAGCAGCAGGGUUUGCUGCUGCUUCCCGAAGCAGCGCAUGCAGAACAGCUGCUGCGACACACUGCAGCAGCAUGGGAAGAGGCCGACACUCAAGUGCUGCUGCUGCUGCUGCUGCAGCCACCCCACACGCAUGCGGAUCCUCCAGCCGCUCGUGCAGCUGCAGCAGCGGGUGCCGAGUCGCAUGCAGACGGUGCUGCUGCCGCAGCAGCACCGACAGAAGCAAUGAAGAAGGUCAUAAUAAACCCUCUGGUGUAUGGGGAGGUGGUGCAGACAGCUGUUUGGAUCUGCUGCCGCCUGCCGCAGCGGCUGCGCCGUUUCUUGCAGCCCCUUAUUAAAGUUGCAGAGACACUGCAUUCAGCAUAUCGGCGUGUUGCUGCUGCUGCUGCUGCUGCAGAAGCUCCUGGGGAGCCUGAGGCCUUAACGGCAGCACAACUUGCUGCUGCUGACGGUAAAGACUGUGGGAUUCACUGCGUUGCAGCAGCAGCAGCAAGCAGCGGUGGCGCUGCUGCCGUUCAUGCACUGGUGCUGCUGCUGCAGCGGGAGGGUUUGCGGCUGUUAGCUUCCCCUCGCUGCUCCCCAGCUGCUGCGCUGCUGCUAAUUGAAGCAGCAGGGAGGCGGGCACCUGCUCGCGUGCUGCAGCAGGAAGCAAACGCAGAGUUUCAGUGGAUGUGGGCCACCAAGCAGCAAGACGACGACAGCAGCAGCAGCAGCAGCAGCAGCAACGGCGAUGUGGCAUUCGGGGAAGCAUUUGCUGCUGAGGAGGGGAUUCAAAAGAAGCGGCGCAUUACACAAGGCAGCAGCAACAGCAGCAGCAGCAGCAGCAGCGCAAGGGAGGAGAAGGAUGGGGAGCUGUCUGCUGCAGCAGCGCUGCAGAGUGUUGCUGCUGCAUCUGCUGCUGCUGAGGCUGCAUCCCGCGUGCUGCUUGUGGCUGAGACAGAUGGGGGAGCAUGGAGGUCUCAGGAGCAGCAGGCAGAUGCAGUUGCGCUGCUGCUGGAGACCUACAACCCUCAGCGACUAACCUCGUUGCUGCUAGAAGGGCUGCAGCGCAACAGCAGCAGCAGCAGCAGCAGCAGCAGUGGCAGUCGCAGCAGUGUUGUUUCUGCACGCGCCUGCAUUCCAGCGAUGGAACUGCUGCGGGCCGCCGAGGCGAAGCUGCAGCAGGAAGGCAGCAGCACCAGCAGCAGCAGCAACAGCAGCAGCAGCAGCAGUGACAGCGCAGCAGCAGGGGCCGCCUCUCGAAGCUGCUGGAGUUUGCUGCCUUCUCUCUUUGCUGACGUCUCUCCACAACCCACUGCAGAAGUCUGCUGCGAGGAGACAGAUGAUAACACCUUGGCUUGCAUGUCUCCUCGUUCUUUGUCUCCUUCUCCGGAGGCUUAUAUGGAGCUGCUGGCUUCUCAGAUCCUUAGUGGGCCCCUGCCGGAGUGUCUCCCUGGGAGUAAUGUCUACGUCGAUCGUCUCUUAUUCCUUCAGGGCAACAGCCGCAGCAACAGCAGCAGCAGCAGCACGCCCUUGUUCCCGCUGCAGGCGAAGUUGGCGCUGUCUCUCGAUUUGCUUUUUUUCCUUUCGAGCCGCAGCUGCAGCACUCCGCUGCAGCAGCAACAGCAGCAGCCACAGCCCUCUGCAGCAGCUGCAGGAGGAGCAGCAGAAGCAGCAGCAGGCUCUGUAGAGUCUCCUCUAACUCUGUCUCUUCUGCAGCGAACCCCAGAAGGCAUCGAAGGGUGGUGCCCUUGGAGCGCGUGCAUGCAGGGCCAGAGGCCUUUGACGCCUUAUGAAAAGGCCUUUGUGCAGUGUCUCUCCAGGGCCUACAGCCAAGAACUCUUAGAUGACACGGGACUACGCGCUGCGUACAGCCAGCUCAUGGGACGUUUCCUUGUUGCUGCUCCGUUGGUGCCUCCUUCUGUCUUUGCUUUCCUCGCGUGGCUGGCAGACGGAGCUCCCCCUCCAGGAGCAGCAGCAGCAGCAGCAGCAGCUGCUGCUGCUGCUGCUGCCUCUGGUGCUGCAGCGGCACCGGCAGACACGCAACAGCACGAGCAGCAGCCCGACGCUGUGCCAGCAUCGGCUGCUGCUGGCGCAGGGGCAGUCGAAAAAGGCAUUAUGCAGGUUUGCGGGGAGCAGCAGCAGCAGCAGCAGCAAGUGCAGCAGCAACAACAGGAGCUGCAGCAGCAGCAACAGCACCAGGAGCUGCAGCAGAUGCAGCAACAGCAACAGCAACAGGACGUGCAGCAGCAGCAGCAACAACAGCAGCUGGAACUGCAGCAGCAGCAACAGCCACAGGAGCCGCAGCAGCAGCAACAACAUCAGGAGCUGCAGGCGCAGCAGCAGCAGCAGAAGCAAGAGGCGCCGUCCGCUACAGCAGAUUUGAUUGCAGGCUGUGGCCUUCGCGAGGGGCGCAGCAUGAAGGCGCUGUCUAACGACAGGCGGCUGGUGGUUGCUGCUUUGUCUCAACUUAUUCGAAGGAGAAGCGGGUUAUCGUCUCGCCGGACUGCGUUUACGCUGCUGAUGCGUCUGUGCCACGUGAGUUCUUCGGGUUGUCGUCGAUUAUUUGCACGUCUUUUUGCAUCGACGAAGGGUAUCUAUGCCCCUCCUGCAGAUCCUUGGGAGCAGCAAACCAGCAAGGAGGUCUUGCUGCGCUGCAAAGCCUCACCCGCUGCUCCUGCUGCUGCUGCUGCUGAGGCACCAGCAGCAGCAGAAACGACUGUACGCUGCCCUCCAGGAGCCCCGCUGUGGCAGAUGCCCGCGCUGGUGCUGCAGCAGACAGGGUUGGGGGCGCUGCAGCAUCCGCCGCAGCAGAAGCACAGCGAAGUAGCAGCAGCAGCAGCAGCUGCUGCUGCUGCUGCUGCUGCUGAGGGGGCAACGCCUAGAGUCGUUCCUAUGGAGGAGUUGCAGGGCUGGGGGGCCCCCGAGACAUUCUCCGGCCGCUGGGUGGAAGAGGUGGCUUGUCUUGUCUUCGCCUCGACGGGAGGGCCGGGCGCGGUGGAGACGCUCUUAGGGCUGAUGCGCUGCAACGCGUUUCCUGCUGCUGUUGCUGCGGCUGUGCUGCGGGAGGUUGCUGCGGUUUCAGAUGCUGCAGAAGCAGCUGCCUCCACGGCAGCUGAAGCAGCAGCAGCUGCUGCUGCAGCAGCUGCUGCUGCUGCAGCUGCUGACGAGACCGCAAAAACAGCUAACGAGGCCUCGGGAGGCUCUGCAACGAACGGAGAAGCACCCGAUGCAGCAGCAGCAGCAGCUGCUGCUGCUGCUGCUGCUGCUCGCAAGGCAAAGGCCGCAGCGAGUGCUGCAGCAUUCGAUAUGCGCAGCAGCGUUUUUGGUGUUGUAAAGCAAAUCAAUAACUUAUACCAUGAGGUGUAUCCGCAGCUAGUAGAGCUACUGCAACCGGAGCAGAAGCCGUUGCUGCUGCUGCUGCUGAAGCAUUUAGCAGCAGCAACAGCAGCAGCACUGCAAAGGGGGGAGCAUCUGCCAGCGCAGCUGCUGCAGUCGGCCUGGACAGCAUUUGAGACCCACAGAGACUUCUCGCUUGUAGCCCCUCUGCUGCCUUUCUUCACUAGCGAACAGUGCCAGGCGUACAUACAGCAGCUGCUGGUUUCUUCUGAGGAUAUGUCUUUGGUGUCAUCCGUCUUUACUGACCUCAUGCGGUCUCGAGCUACGUUCAAGCAGCUGCAGCAAAAGCAGCAGCAGCAGCAAAAGCAGCAACAGAGGGCACUGGACUUCGGCAUAUCUCCAGAAGAUUUGUUGCUGUGUACAUACAACCUUCCAUGCCCUUCUGUGGCUGAGAGGCGGAGACAAGCAGCAGCGCUAGAUAUUUGUUUGGGGCUCACUGGCGCCCUUCCCACCUCCCCAUCACCAGAAGAGCUGGUUCCUGUUCACGCGGUGGCUGCUGUUUGCCAGCGGCUUUCCGAAGACACGGAGAAGGAGCUGCAGCCUGUCUUCGGGCGUCUGCUGUGCCGCGCAGCGCAGCACUUGCCUUCGUUGGGGGAGUUUUUGUCUUGUGUUGUUUUUCCUUCGCUGAUCGCGCGAGAGGCCUGGCUGUCUCCUUCACUCUGGAAAGGAGUCAGCAUCGCUGUGGGGGCCCUCUGGCCUUCGCAUAGCGAAGCGCUGCUGCAGCACAUACUCAGACUGCCCCAGGAGGCGGGAAAGCCGCUGCUGCAGCAGCUGCAGCAGCGCCUGCCGAUUGCAGCUGAACUAUCAGCUCUUCUGGCGCAAGACCCUGUAGCCCGGCAGCAGUGCCCCCCUUACCUGCAGGUCUUGCUGGGGCUGUCGAGUUAG